AUGAGUAGCAAUCAGGAUUUCCAACCAGUGACUGAAUCUGCAUCAAGUGUGACAAAAUUUCAACAAAAUCCAUACGGUCCAAACCCAGCUGAUUAUUUAUCAAAUGUUAACAACUAUCAGUUGAUCGAUUCUACAUUAAGAGAAGGUGAACAAUUUGCCAACGCCUUUUUCGAUACUGAAAAGAAGAUCGAGAUUGCCAAGGCCCUAGAUGACUUUGGUGUUGAUUAUAUUGAACUUACUUCUCCUGUCGCAUCUGAACAAUCUAGAAGAGAUUGUGAAGCCAUUUGCAAGCUUGGAUUGAAGGCAAAGAUUUUGACCCAUAUCCGUUGUCACAUGGACGAUGCUAGAGUGGCAGUAGAAACUGGUGUUGAUGGUGUUGAUGUUGUUAUCGGUACUUCCAAGUUUUUGAGACAAUAUUCUCACGGUAAGGACAUGAAUUACAUUGCCAAGUCUGCUAUUGAAGUCAUUGAAUUUGUCAAAUCCAAGGGUAUUGAAAUCAGAUUCUCUUCUGAGGAUUCUUUCAGAUCGGAUUUGGUCGAUUUGCUAAACAUUUACAAGACUGUCGAUAAGAUUGGUGUUAACAGAGUUGGUAUUGCUGAUACCGUCGGAUGUGCUAAUCCAAGACAAGUUUACGAAUUGGUCAGAACAUUGAAGAGUGUGGUUUCAUGUGAUAUCGAAUGCCAUUUCCACAACGACACCGGUUGUGCUAUUGCAAACGCUUACACAGCAUUAGAAGGUGGUGCAAGACUUAUCGAUGUCGCUGUAUUAGGUAUCGGUGAGAGAAAUGGUAUCACUCCUCUAGGUGGGCUAAUGGCUAGAAUGAUUGUUGCAGCUCCAGAGUACACCAAAUCUAAGUACAAAUUGCAUAAGAUCAGAGAUAUCGAAAACUUGAUUGCUGAAGCCGUGGAGGUAAAUAUCCCAUUCAACAACCCAAUUACAGGAUUCUGUGCCUUCACACAUAAAGCUGGUAUUCAUGCUAAGGCCAUCUUGGCUAACCCAUCUACAUACGAAAUCUUGGACCCUCACGAUUUCGGUAUGAAGAGAUACAUCCAUUUCGCUAACAGGCUUACCGGUUGGAACGCUAUCAAGUCACGUGUUGAUCAAUUAAACUUGAACUUGACAGAUGAUCAAGUCAAAGAAGUUACCGCUAAGAUUAAGAAGCUUGGUGACAUCAGACCCCUAAAUAUCGAUGAUGUCGACUCCAUCAUCAAGGACUUCCAUGCUGAAGUAUCUACGCCGCAAUUGAGAGCUGUAAGAAGAGAUGACAACGACGUCAAUGACAUUGAUAUCCAAGAGCCAUCCAACAAGAAAACCAAGGUAGAGUAA